UGUGUGUGUGUGUGUGUGUGUGUGUGUGCGCGCGCGUGUGUGUGUGUGUGUGUGUGUGUGUGUGCAUAUAUAGAGGUGUACUAUUGUUUCGUACGUUAUCAAAAAUUGCGAAACACGCAUCGGUCACUGACCAGCUGCCGAAAGUAGUUAUUUUGGAUCCACUUCCGAGAGACUACGCAUCUUGGCACCGUUUCUCUAAAUAGUAGCAGCAAAAUAUAAAAUAAACUUAAAUUCUAGUAACGCGAUCUGUCUAUAUUAUAUAACACUGCUUUAUUUCAAAUCGCGAUUUAAAAACUUUCCUAACAAAAUGGUAAUUUUAAUUACAAAAUACUUCAAGCUGUAGACAAUAGCAGGAUAUUGUUCGCGUUUUUAAGUUUUCCAUUGAAACAUUUUGUGAUAUUUACGAAUGUAAAUGUAGACGAACAUAGAAGAAGACAUUCUCUUUAAAAUGUUUUGAAUCAAUUGAGUGCAUGUACUUUUCCAUAGGUAUAGCUAACAUAGUUAUCUUGGAGAUUACCGAUGAAAUAAACUUAUAGUUUUUUUGUUUAUUUUUCUUUGAGAUUCUUUGAUUUGAAGAUAUAUUUCUUAAUAUGCUGUGUCAUCUCAAUGGAAAAUUUUACAUGUCUUGCGGUCUGCGUACUGGACCGGUUAGCAUCGGUUAUCGUGUGGUCCGGUUGUAUUUCUAAUAAAUGACUUAUGUGAUAAAUUUCCGCCGAGGACCAUAGCUUUUACGCUGUCAACACAAUGUCGCUAUCUCUUACAGUUUCUUCUUGCGGAAAAUAUUGAAUACGACAGACUAACAAAAUUCCAUUACGUCACAAUCUGGUCAGUAUAUUUGUUUUCAAAAUUAUCAUAUUUGAUGUUAUCGUGCUAAUUUGUUUUAUCAAUCUUAAAUACUUAUCACAACAUUUCAAUGUAAUUGACCGCGAUUAGAUCAAUAAUUUUAUCACCUACGAAAUUAUUUGAUGUAUGCGAUAAACGAUCUUGAGAAUUUGAAUUGUAAAAAAAAAGAAAUCUAUCUGUUGGAGCUCAAAGUGUCAGAGACUUAUCCGUUUUAUCGUGUUUAUCAAAUAUCUCGAGGAAAAUUGGUAUCAACCCUUUAAGAUGAGAUUUAUGGUUGCGACAAGAGUUUUCACGAUAUUGCGUGGUUCUUCUCAAUAGAGAAAUUACCAGCUGAUAAGCGGGCUUAGAGCAAACUUACUAAUUGCACGAUGAGUAUUACUUUAAUCGAUGAAAUCGUUUAUGAUGGCAAUUCUACGAAGCUUCGUAUCUGUGUUUCGUCAAGGAUUCGCAGAUUUCAAAACGCGGGAAACAGCGCUACGCAAUUAUAUGUAAGAGAAUGAGUCGUCAAAAGGAAAACCAUUCAUUCUUGAUUAAUUUCAAGUGCGGCACCAUUCUUAAAGUAUAUACUAACUCGGUAAAACACUUCACACAUUUUAGGAAUAUAAAUAAAAAAAAUACAUAUAUACAUAUCAUAAUGUUUUUGUAUGAAAUAUUUUUCCUGGGAAUUUUUGUAAAAACAUACAGCGUUUUUGAAAAAUUGCGUUAAAAUUGAAAGAAAUUAAAAUUUAAUUUCUGUUCCAUUCUCGAACGCAGUUGUUGCAGUUUCCUUUACAAAAAGACUUCAAAGAAGAAACAAAAGUGUUGUCUCGGAGUCGAGACGUCAUGUUUGCAUACAAGUACAUUACGUGCUUGUUCAUGACUGUACACAACAGUUUAAGGUCAACCCACGCCUAUAAAAUCGCACGUACGACCUCGUUUCUGUUUCUGGUUCGCGCGCGUUCGUUUUCGUUAGAGCUGAGCCGUUCCGCUGGAUUCGCAACUUUGAUACGCGUAAAUUUUUUACUACACCGUACACAGCGUGUACACUCCUUAUCUCGCUUCUUGCCACACCUCUUAUAUCGCUUUCCUGAUCGUGCUCGGUUUUAGUUGCGGUUUGUGCACAUGCAUGUGCGCAGAGGCCUUGCCUGAUUGCCUCGCGAAUGCACUCUUACUUUUAAAUAAGGAACCAAGAAGAAGCCUUCGUGCCGAAGUCGAGGACGUCAAUAGCGAGGUCGGAUUUCCAUCGACUUCCAUUGAUUAUUUUAAACUAUGUUGCAACGUAUCCUUCGUCAUUAAGCAUGAAAUUUACAUUUGGAUUAUCAAACACGUGACCAUGUUGAUUGCACCGCUAGGUUUAAUAUUCUGAAAAAAGCACACACAGCCCUCGUUGUGAAUAUAUUUGUGAACUUUUGAAUCAAAAAAGAUUUUGCUCCUUUCCGACUUUUAUUGGCUAAUUACAGCGUCUGCGAAGUUCAAUCAUUGGUGCGCGAAAGCGAGUGCAUUGACCGGUGAUACAUCAAUCUUUGCACGUUGCUGCGCCAUUGAAAUCUUUUGUGUUAACAGAAUGAAUGACAAUAUUCAUAAAAGUUAUUCCGACUUGUUAAUCUUUAAUUGCAGUCAUGAGAACGUGUAAGACUCACAAUCACAGGCGGUUUCUUUGAGCGACGGUUAAUUCGCUCGAUUAUGAUCUUUCUUCGACCACUCAGAUCAUUUUUAACUCCCUUGAUCUUUUACUUAUUAGAUUUGUAAAUUCAUUCCACCCUCUACCUGAAAUUAUCCCGAGCGAUCUGUGAUAUGUUCAAUUUUCUAAGUAUCUGCCACGUAAUCACAUUACCGACAAUUCUCUUAAGUAAAAUCUUUUGACGAUUUAUCGCAAUUAAGUUUUAUCUCUAUGUUAUGCAAAUUUUUCUUAUCACUCAGUCUCUUUUUCUUUUCCUUCGUAAACUCUAUGACCUCGAUAACGACCUCGACGUUAUCGAUAAAAUCCGCAGCCGGUAGACGAAGUAUACGAGAUCCAGGGCUUUCCUAAGUGAAGUUAUGGCCUUCUUCGGGAUUGAGGUCGAUUUUCGGUCCGUGCACUCGAUGACGAAACCGACACGGUCUCUGCCCCGGGCCGCAAUAAGUCCGGUGCCAAGAAUAAAGAGACACGACAUUUCGGCACCACCAACAGCAGCAGCAAGCGAAUAGUCCAAAUCGCGUGUAAGCAGCCGACCGUUGAACGUGUGAUCGCAGGAACGGCGACUAUCAACGGCACCAUCCAUGGGUUAUCAUUAUUCACGUCUUGUCAUUAUUUGGAUAUAAUCGAGCUGAACAGCCAAACCGACCGCGAAGCAAGAUGGAACUGAACAGUAAUCCGAUUUCUGUAAUCACGCCACAAAAGAACUCUAUUCAUGGCGAUGAAACAGCUUUCAAGCAAUCACUUGGAAAUAUUGGAACAUAUGGAGCGUUCCAAUCGAAAGAUCCCAUUCUAGCGAUGGAAAAGGGUAACGAUAUCAAAAGCGGAAGCAAUGAGCACGGUAUCACCGUGCACCAUCCUACCUCGUACCUGGAAACCAUGAUGCAUCUGUUCAAAGGUAACGUCGGUUCGGGGAUCUUUGCGUUAGGAGAUGCUUUCAAGAAUGCCGGAUUGCUGCUGGCACCACCACUAACAAUCUUUCUGGGUAUCAUCUGCGUGCACGCUCAACACAUUCUCAUUAAUUGUAAUGAAGAGGUGACACGUCGUGUUGGCAAUGGCACCAGCAUGAGUGGAUUUGCCGAAACUGUAGAAAUGUGCUUCGCUACUGGUCCCAUCGGAUUUCGUAAAUAUUCGACUUUUAUGAGAAAAAUGGUUAAUGUAUUUUUAUGUAUCACGCAACUCGGAUUCUGCUGCGUAUAUUUUGUUUUUAUUUCCACCAAUAUGAAACAGGUACUGGACGCGCAUGGGAUCGAGAUGGAUGUUGCUGUGCACAUGGCUGUGGUGUUGAUUCCUAUAAUGCUUAGCACUUGGAUUAGAAAUCUGAAAUAUCUGGUGCCGGUGUCUUCGAUCGCAAAUUUUCUAAUGAUCGCUGGUUACGUUUCCACCAUGUAUAUUAUGAGCCACGAUGUGCCACCUAUACGCGAGAGAAGAUACGUCGCGGAUUGGAACACACUGCCUCUAUUCUUCGGCACUGUGAUAUAUUCCUUUGAGGGUAUUACUCUAGUAUUGCCAUUGAAGAAUGAAAUGAGGAAACCUAGUAACUUUAGUAGGCCACUAGGUGUUCUCAAUGUAGGAAUGGUGAUAGUAGGCUCUAUGUUCGUUGCAAUCGGUUUCCUAUCUUAUUUGAAGUACGGUGACAAAAUUGCCGGAUCGGUCACGCUCAAUCUUGAAUCAAAAGAAAUGGUGGACGGGAAUGCCAUCUACAAUCAAUUAAGUUUGCCGCAAUGCAUCAAGACUGCCAUCUCUUUGAGCAUAUUGCUUUCAUACGCCUUACAAUUUUACGUUCCGAUCGCCAUAAUGUGGCCCGGCAUCGUUGACAAAUUUGGCCCAUUUAAAUGGCCAGUAUUCGCAGAAAUUGUUUUCCGUUCCGUCAUGUGCUUUAUCACAUUUAUCCUUGCAGAGGCGAUACCAAAAUUGAAUCUUUUCAUAUCUCUGGUUGGUGCGGUCAGUAGUACCGCCCUCGCUCUCGUGUUUCCGCCGAUUAUCGAGAUGAUUGUUUGUUGGCAUAACACUAGUCUAGGUUUCUUUACAAUCGCAAAGGACGUCAUGAUAGUGCUGAUCGGCGUGUUGGGCUUCGCUACCGGAACGUACGAGAGCUUGACGUCAAUCAUCGAGUCGUUCGGCAAUUGAAUUAAAGCACCAAGCGCUCUGUACAAAUUAUUCUUAAUUUUUCUCUCGCGCGCGCGAGAGUUUAAUGGACCAUGACACCUAUGGGAUUUCUGCGCGCAAAUCAUAAAACUCGCGCACUUCCAAAAUUUUGCAUGUUCGUAGAUGUCGGUCUCACUCGCUAUUGACAUUAAUCAUUUUAACGUAAUGAUAAUAAUUUAUGUGUGAUAUACCGAUAGACAUAGCUCAUAGCUGAUAAAGUGUAACGUAGGUUGUGAACAUCAGUGAUUGUUAAUAAUCUUUAGAGGAAUUUAACAUUGGCAGUAUUUAUUUACUUAAUGAUUAAUUAUAUAGGUGUCUUUUCUACUUAUUUCGACUUAAAAUUUUCAAACUUAUUUUUGGACUAUUGUUAUUGACUAAAGAUGAAUUAAUCAAUUAAUGGAAUAAAAGGAAGCUGAUCAAGUCAUUAUUCAGUGAAUCAAAUUAAAUAUUAAUUUUAUAAACUAGAUAUUUUAUAUUAAAGUUAUAAGUCUAAGGAAAAUAUAAUUGUUUUUUAAUUACUUGUAGAAAUUAAUCUGUGUUUUAGCUAAAUAUUAAUUUUAUGGUAACAAACAUUAUAUUAAAAAUUAUGUUAAAAUAAUUUUGUUUUGUUUUUUCCUGAUAGGAAAUUGAGUUCUAUAAUUAGUAUUAUAUAAGAGUUAUGUAAUCAUUUUUAAUAAUACAAUAAAUAUUUGGCAU